UCCAAUAAAUUUUGAAAAAUAUAAUUGUUGAAAUCCAAACAAAUUCUUUGGCUCAAAAACCCUAAUCCCCUUUUCAUUUUCACUCCAAAAAGUGUUCCCAAUCCUUGAAAAAACCCUAAUCAAUGGGGAAUCGUAAGAAAAAAUCGAGUCUGAAGUCAAAGACAAAGGAUCAAAAAGGUUUUCGAGAAUCAUUGGUGAAACAAUUUCAAAAACAUCUCACCAAGUUGUUGGUGUUUGUACUACUGUUAGGGCUAUUUGUUUUAUCUUUUCGUUUUGAUUCUUUUGAGAAGGAACAACAGGUUAGUUUUCAGGAGUUUAGAAAUGAGCUUUUGAAACCAAGGUUAGUUGACCAUGUUGUUGUCUCCAGUAAAGGUUUGGUCGAAAUUUAUGCUAGGAAGUUUUAUCCUAAUCAAACAGAGAUUGAUGUACUCCAAGGGAAGCAAUCUGGUGGAAAAUAUGUAGGUUUUUUCUACAUUGCUAGUGUUGAUUCUUUUGAGAAGAAAUUAGAGAGAGCUCAAGAACUACUAGGCUUUGACCCUAAUGAUUUUGUUCCUGUUAUUUAUUCUUCUGGUAAUUUUUUGUUCUCGGAGAUUAUAGGUUUAGUUUCAAGCAUUUUGCCUUUGCUAUUUCUAGUGUAUAUGAGUGGAAUUUAUAAGAUCUUUGGACCACAGUAUGUCAAAGUUGACAAAAAUGCCAAAAACAAGGUCUAUUUUAAAGAUGUUGCUGGCUGUGAUGAGGCAAAGCAAGAGAUUAUGGAUUUUGUGCACUUUCUCAAGAAUCCUAAGAAAUAUGAAGAGCUUGGUGCUAAAAUUCCGAAAGGGGCUCUUCUGGUGGGUCCUCCAGGUACAGGGAAAACCCUUUUAGCUAAAGCAACUGCAGGGGAGUCGGGUGUGACGUUUCUUUCGAUAACUGGUUCUGAAUUCAUGCAAUUGUUUGUUGGUGUUGGAGUAUCUAGGGUAAAAAGCUUGUUUAGGGAAGCAAGGAAGUAUGCUCCUAGUAUAAUAUUUAUUGAUGAGAUUGAUGCAAUUGGUCGGUCAAGGGGUGGCGAAGGCCAACCGGGUUCCCGUGCAAAUGAUGAACGUGAAAAUACUUUAAAUCAAAUGUUGGUGGAGAUGGAUGGUUUUGGAACCACUUCUGGAGUUAUUGUGCUGGCAGGUACAAAUAGACCUGAAGUAUUAGACAAAGCCUUGCUAAGGCCUGGGCGUUUUGAUCGCACAAUAACGGUCGAUAAACCUGACGUCAACGGCCGUGACCAGAUAUUUCAGAUUUACUUGGAAAGGAUCAAACUUGACCACAAGCCUUUAUAUUAUUCACAAAGGCUUGCAUCCCUUACUCCAGGAUUUGUUGGAGCAGACAUUGCUAAUGUCUGCAAUGAAGCUGCCCUGAUUGCUGCAAGGACGGAUGAAUCACAUGUCACAAUGGAUCAUUUUGAGGCAGCUAUUGAUAGGAUCAUUGGUGGCUUGGAGAAGAAGAACAAAGUAAUAAGUAAGCUGCAAAGGCGUACCGUUGCUUACCAUGAAGCAGGGCAUGCUGUUGCAGGUUGGUUCUUGGAACAUACCGAGCCAUUGUUGAAAGUAACUAUUAUUCCUCGCGGAACAGCAGCUCUUGGGUUUGCCCAGUAUGUUCCAAAUGAGAACAUUCUCAUGACAAAGGAGCAGCUUUACGAUAGGACUUGUAUGACCCUUGGUGGCCGGGCUGCCGAAAAGGUUCUUAUUGGAACAAUCUCUACAGGAGCACAAGAUGACUUGGAGAAAGUCACCAAGAUGACAUAUGCUCAAGUAGCCGUCUAUGGUUUCAGCGAAAAAGUCGGCCUCCUUUCUUUCCCCAAAAAAGAUGACUCGUAUGAGAUGUCUAAACCAUACAGCAGCAAAACUGGUGCAAUAAUUGAUUCUGAAGUGCGUGAAUGGGUAGACAAGGCAUAUGAACGAACAAUAAAACUUAUAGAGGAACACAAGGAGAAAGUGGCUGAAAUAGCAGAAUUGCUGCUUGAAAAAGAAGUACUUCACCAAAAUGACUUACUUCAAGUCUUGGGCGAGCGACCCUUCAAGAGUGCUGAAAUCGCCAAUUAUGAUAGAUUUAAGCUAGGAUUUCACAAUGAGGAGAAGGUUGCAGAAACCACCGUCAAUAGAGCCUGAGGCCGGUCUCUCAUAGUUGAAUAAGUUCAUUUUCAUUAUAUUUUUGUUACUAUACAUGAAUUUGAGGCGUUACUAAUACCAUAGAUGUGAUAGAUUGAUAAAACGUUCAUUUUAAAAGAGAAGUAGAACAGGAUUUUAUUUCAUUGAUGUUGUCAAGGAAGUGUUACUGUGCCAUUCAUUGGUAAGAAUAGGUUAUUGCUCUUUUAUUGGGUUCUUUCUUGUAAACUUAGUAACAAUUGCACUUGAAUGAAAAAGGUGUCAAUUUUGGUAAACCUAUGGGUGAGAUUUGUGUAUUUAAAGGUUAAAUAUUUUCCUGAAAAAUGUUGCUAAAAAGGCUUUAAGAAUGUUGUUUAUGUGAUGCUCAGGAUAUUAUGAGUAUGAAGUUCAUUUUUUUU